CCUCACCCACCCCUCUCUUUCUUUCCUCAAAAGAAAAUCUAAAACCAAAACCAAGAGCAGGGAGAAGGAGAAGGAGAAGGAGAAGGAGAAGAAGACCUCUCUACCCUUAACCAAGAGCAAAGGCUGAAGAAUAACUAGGAGCUGUUUCAAUUUCUACAGAGGAAUUGCCCAGAAAUUGAGUACAGACUUCUGGGCAUUUUGGUGUUCGGAAAAAAACUUCAAAUGUGUCAAUGAGGUGCAAGAAGCACGCCGCCGACCUCACUAGCACCGUCGGCGUCUGCGCCUCAUGUCUCCGGGAACGCCUCACCACCAUCAUCGAGGCCCAGACCCGAGCCCAGGGCCAAUUACAAAUCCAGGCUCAGCUCUCCUGCCUCCACUCCCGCAACAGCGGCGUCGCUCCGGAAGAACAGCCCCACCACCCGAACCCGCCGCCGCCGCUCAUAUUCCCCCGGUCCGUCUCCCCUUACGUCUCCCGCCGUAAAUCCGACGACUCCGCCUGGCCGCACCACCACAGCCGCUCCGAUCACGACCACGACAACGACAACAGCCACAGCCACCAACGCCAUCAUAUCCGAUUCUACAGUACGCCCCAGGUGGGGCCUACCUACGACGGCGCUCCGGCCACUAUCGGAGGCUCGUGCAAGAAGAGCCGGCCGAGGUUCUCGCUCCUGACGAGUCUGUUCCGGUCCAGAUCCGACAAGUUCUGGACGGAUCCUAGGGUUUCGUCGCGGGACUCGAUUCCGACGUCGGCCUCCGCCGCUGCGUCGCCGUCGUGGCUCUCCUCGAUCUUCGCCGGGAAAAGAGGGAAGAAAUCGAAGCAAUGCUUCGCCGACGAGACUCCGGUCCGCGUGAGAUCUCGCCACAGAAGAGCGCGCGGAAUGUCGCCGGAUUUCACGCACGACGGUGGCGGCGACGACUGCGAACCGUCAGCGUCGGGAAGCGGAGACUCGUCGACGCCGGAUUGGAAGAGGACGCCGGUGCAAGCCACGCCGUCGCGGCGGACGCGUUCGGGUCCGGUGAAGAACGUGUCGGGUCUGACGUUCUGUCUUAGCCCGCUGGUUCGGGCGCACUGGAACCAGAAAGGCAUGCAGGGGUUCCCUCCGGAGCAUGGGAUCACCGGCGAGAUUAGGGUGGCGACGAGGCCGCACUUGUCGUCCGCGGCGUCUUUUAGCAUGAACCGGUCGAGGAAACUCGCCGAUUUCGGUAGAGUCACAUCCAACCGUUGAUGAUGCUGACUGCGUCGUUGACAACGCAGAGCUCCAUUUACAUUGGAAAUGUACGGUUUUACCCCUUGCCCCCAUCUUGGCCUGUUUUUUUUUCUCUUUAAACUUCGAAAAACAUUGAAAAGAAAAAAGAAGAAGAAGAAGGGAAUGUUCCCUGCACUGUAUACUAAUCGUUGCUUGUUACCACAGGACAGAUAUUUUUUGUUGUAUAAUCUUGGCGUCUUAUAAUUUUAAUACAGUGAGUAAAUUGUUUCCA